UCACUAGUCACAUGAUAACAACAUGGAGACAGAAAGAACAGGAUGGCUAGUGUUUAUUUUUCUAUUCGCGAGUAUCCAGAAGUGCUCCGCAGUUAACAGUACCCGGCUUUUGAUACUGGGAGACUGGGGAGGUACGGACACAAUACCAUAUAAAACGACGGUAGAAGUCAACAUAGCCAAACAGAUGGGUGUUCUGGCAGACACGUACGCACCGCAGAACAUCCUUGCCCUUGGAGACAAUUUCUAUUUUGAUGGAGUUAAGAACAUCAUGGACAAACGUUUCAAACAAACCUAUGAAGAUGUAUUCACAAGCCAGUCGUUGAUGAUUCCAUGGCAUCUGAUCGCUGGAAACCAUGACCACAACGGAAACGUGUCUGCUCAAAUCGCAUAUUCAAACAUCAACAAGCGAUGGAAUUUUCCCAACUUCUACUACAAGAUGUCGCUGGCUGUCCCAGGUGGCGCUACUAUGGACAUCAUCAUGAUAGAUACGGUACUGCUUUGUGGAAAUACCGGCCUAGACCAAGACGGGGCUCAGCCAACGGGACCGAGUGAUGUCAAAAUGGCAGAUAGUCAAUGGGUCUGGAUCGGCAACAUGCUGCAGUUAAGCAAAGCAGAUUACUUAUUAGUGGCGGGACACUAUCCGGUGUAUUCCAUAGCAGAGCAUGGACCAACAGAUUGUUUGGUGAAACAACUUUUACCGCUAUUACAGAAAUAUCGCGUGACAGCCUACCUCAGUGGCCAUGACCAUAACUUACAGCACCUAGAAGCAGUUACAGGUGGAUUUACCCUUGACAUGUUUGUGGUCGGCGCUGCCAAUUUCGUGGAUACAAGUACCAAACAUAAACAGUCUGUCCCAAAUGGUUCAUCUAAGUUCAUGUGGGCAAAAUUAGUUGACUUUGGUGGAUUUGCUUAUAUUGAAACCGUCAAAAACAACAUGACAUUUACCUUUGUAGAUGGUCGAGGUUAUUCAGUUUAUCAAAAAGUACUUUUCCCAAGAAAAAAAUAAGGAAUUCGGUAUUAUGCAUAUGAAUGUGCAUCAAAGAUUUUACAUCUUUGUGUAAAGUGAAUGUCUGUUAGAGAAUUGUUUGAUAUUUAUGUAAAUUAACUAGUAGCAAAUGUUAAAUGUUGUAAACUGCAGAAUUACAACUCCAGUAUAACGCGAAGUGACAUAAUAACAUCCAAAACGUGGCAGUUCUAUAGCCAAAAGGUGUCCGUAUACCACCCCGCUGUUAGACAUUUUGUGAUGAAGCGACACUAGAGAAGACUAAUCGCAGAUUGUAUGUGUAAUCAAAACGUCACACAAUGAUCAGCAAUUUCAACUAUAUGAGGAUGUAACAUGUAUCUAGAUUCAUGACACUGUGAAAGUCAUUCACAUUUUUCUUUAGUUUCACUAGUUCAAGAUUCCAUCGUCGACCCCGAGGGUAUGAUUGCUCAACCCUCAGGGCACGUAAUGUCAACACUACUAUGACGUCUAGGUUGCAAUGAAGUCACAGCAGCAUUGUAAUGCAUUGAUGUAUAACAAAUAGUAUAUAAUAACCAACCAGUAACCAGUAUAUAUAAACCAACAAGUGAAGCACAAAAUGAUCAAGACAAGGGGGUCGCAAAUAAAGACGGGGUCGCAAAAGUAAGAUUAUUAUGCUGCCACAUGCAAAGUGAUAAGUACAUAAUGUUAAUACCGGGUUUAUAUAGCAUUAUAUUACUAUUCGUGUUGUCAUUAGAUUGACAAUUAUUCCAACAAAUUGACCCUGAAUUGACAAGCUGGUAUGACGGGAAAUAAUUAAUCUUUUCCUGGCAGAGAAAAAUUCAUCCCGAAAUCUGGUACUCUUAAAUGGAUAACCCCUUGCAGAAGAUGAUAUAUUUCUCUGUCACAUUCUCAAGAUAGGGGAGGCUCGGGUUGGGAAUUCUCUGUCUCAUCCUAAGGAUAGGGGACGCUCGUGAAGUUAUCUGACAUAUUCUCAAGAUAGGAACAGAUUUUAUACAUCUUAUUAUAAACCAGUAUUGGUCAACGAUCAUUCUUAACAUUGUGAUAAUAUUACCUACUUAAGACACUGUGAUAGAAUUGUCUAAUCAUUCCAUGUCAUUGCUGUUAUGAACAUAUAUAUAUUAACAUGCAUUCAAUUGUAUUUGAAAAAUUGAUUUGAAUAUGUUAAAUGUUCGGUUUGUGACUAUGCAAUUUAACCUGUAUUUUUAGGAGCUUAUUAAUAUUGAUAUGAAGAAAACAAUAUAUUAGCUUUGCGUUGCGUGUUAUUCUUGUCCUACCAUACCGGCUAUACUUGUCCUUUUUCAGGUCUGAUUUCGUUUGAUUCGUUGUCUUUGUUUGCUUUGUGAACGAGUAUAAAUGGUAACAUCCUUGUGUAAUCACUUGACCCGUAUAAAUUAGUGUUGACACCCAUAGAAAAAGCAGACCAGGUUUUCCGGUAGAGUCAGUCCAGGUCUUCCAGUAGAGAACAACUAAAUUUUCCAUUAGAGUAAGACCAGGUUUUCCGGUAUAGUAAGGCCAUGUCUUCCAGUAGAAUUUGACUAGGUUUACCGGUAGAGUAAGACUAGGUUUUCCGGUAGAGUAAGACUAGGUUUUCCGGUACAGUAAGACUAGGUUUUCCGGUAGAGUAAGACUAGGUUUUCCGGUAGAGUAAGACUAGGUUUUCCGGUAGAGUAUGACUAGGUUUUCCGGUAGAGUAAGACUAGGUUUUCCGGUAGAGUAAGGCUAGGUUUUCCGGUAGAGUAUGACUAGGUUUACCGGUAGAGUAUGACUAGGUUUACCGGUAGAGUAAGACUAGGUUUUCCGGUAGAGUUUGACUAGGUUUUCCGGUAGAGUAAGACUAGGUUUUCCGGUAGAUAAUGACUAGGUUUUCCGGUAGAGUAAGGCUAGGUUUUCCGGUAGAGUAUGACUAGGUUUACCGGUAGAGUAUGACUAGGUUUUCCGGUAGAGUAAGACUAGGUUUUCCGGUAGAGUAAGACUAUGUCUUCCGGUAGAGUAAGACUAGGUUUUUCGGUAGAUUAAGACUAGGUUUUCCGGUAGAGUAUGACUAGGUUUUCCGGUAGAGUAUGACUAGGUUUUCCGGUAGAGUAAGACUAGGUCUUCCGGUAGAGUAAGACUAGGUUUUCCGGUAGAGUAAGACUAGGUUUUCCGGUAGAGUAAGACUAGGUUUUCCGGUAGAUAAUGACUAGGUUUUCCGGUAGAUUAAGACUAGGUUUUCCGGUAGAGUAAGACUAGGUUUUCCGGUAGAGUAAGACUAGGUUUUCCGGUAGAAUAAGACUAGGUUUUCCGGUAGAUAAUGACUAGGUUUACCGGUAGAGUAAGACUAGGUUUUCCGGUAGAGUAAGACUAGGUUUUCCGGUAGAGUAAGACUAGGUUUUCCGGUAGAGUAAGGCUAGGUUUUCCGGUAGAGUAAGACUAGGUUUUCCGGUAGAGUAAGACUAGGUUUUCCGGUAGAGUAUGACUAGGUUUUUCGGUAGAGUAAGGCUAGGUUUUCCGGUAGAGUAAGACUAGGUUUUCCGGUAGAUAAUAACUAGGUUUUCCGGUAGAGUAAGGCUAGGUUUUCCGGUAGAGUAAGACUAGGUUUUCCGGUAGAGUAAGACAAUGUCUUCCGGUAGAAUAUGACUAGAUUUUUCGGUAGAGUAAGACUAGGUUUUUCGGUAGAGUAAGACUAGGUUUUCCGGUAGAGUAAGACUAGGUUUUCCGGUAGAGUAAGACUAGGUUUUCCGGUAGAUAAUGACUAGGUUUACCGGUAGAGUAAGACUAGGUUUUCCGGUAGAGUAAGACUAGGUUUACCGGUAGAGUAAGACUAGGUUUUCCGGUAAGACUAGGUCUUCCGGUAGAUAAUGACUAGGUUUUCCGGUAGAGUAAGACAAUGUCUUCCGGUAGAAUAUGACUAGAUUUUUCGGUAGAGUAAGACUAGGUUUUUCGGUAGAGUAAGGCUAGGUUUUUCGGUAGAGUAAGGCCUGGUCUUCCGGUAGAGUAAGGGCUGUUCUUCGGGUAGUGUAUGACUAGGUUUUCCGGUAGAUAAUAACUAGGUUUUCCGGUAGAGUUUGACUAGGAUUUCCAGUAGAGUAAGACCUGUUAUUUCGUUAGAAUAAGGCCAGGUCUUCCGGUAGAGUUAGGUAUUGCCUGCCAUACAAGUACUAAUCAAAUCUAGUGUACGCCACCUUCUAAAAGUAAGAGCUAAGAUGGUGACAAUUUACGUUUGUAUUCAUAAUAAUUAUGUGAGCUUUGUGAAACAUCGCCUGGUCUAUUCUUAAACAGUCUGGCAUUUCGUUCCUUAGUGUUUUGAACUCAAUAAUCAGGAUUGAAAAUUUAGGUCAUUGUCUGCACAACAGCUAUUUUCAUUUAAGGCCGGCCUCCCCUCUUUGCAAGAUGCGUGCGUGUAAUGUAUGUGUGCGUUUUGGGAAACUGCGGUAUAUUCGUGUUUGACUCCUUGUGAUAGUGCAAAACUAAUGUCAAUUCCAUAGUGCUAUCUCACGAUCCCUGAAGGACACUGCCGAAGACACCCAGAUGAAUAUGUCGACCGGUCACAUUAUAACAUUAUACUAAAAACUGGUGAAUCAGUCGACCCACUCCAAAAAUGCUCGGAGAUAAACUAGAAAUAAACUAAAAUUUAGUCGCCACUUCCGAUCAUUCAAAGGGGUACGAUUUUUACGUCCUGGGUAAAGAAGUUUUUUUUAAAAGGAUGAUAUAAGCUAAGGGGCCAUUUUUAAAGUUAGACAUCAAUCUGAUUUUUUCGCAGCUUAGGACAUACGGGUAAACUACUGACAUAUACCAAUAAUUAUAAUUUGCUGCCAUAAUAGGGAUGGGAUAUCAUAAUCGUGAGCGCUGAAAUUUGGAGAUCAUCGUGGUCAGAAAAGUUAGAAAAGUCUGAUUCUUGGAGACAAGUACCACUUGUGAUGAGUUAUCACACUCUACAUUACAUUUGCUAUUGACAAGUUAUUGAAAACCAUUGAUAGUAUUUUCAGAAAGCUCGUUUUCGAAAAACUUUGUAUCCUUGUUCAUGACAGGCGUAUUGUGAAAUUGUUGUUAUGCUAUCAAUAUCAAAACGAUAUAAUUUUGGUUAAUUAUUGAUUAAGUCCAAAUACAAAAUACAACUUGUU